AACAAAAGGAGGAAAAUGAUGAAUUCGGACAAUUUAACCUCCCAAAGCUUCCUCUCUGCGAUUCACAGCAACACCAGCAAUUUAUUCUCAGGGCUCCAGUUCGUUCAGUCCUUCAAGCCACUCAUCAUCCCCUGCUACUCGCUGGUGGUUUUUAUUGGUGUCAUCGGGAAUUACCUUCUCAUCUAUGUCAUCUGCAAGACAAAAAAAAUGCACAACGUCACCAACUUUCUGGUAGGCAAUCUGGCUUUCUCAGACAUGCUCAUGUGUGCCACCUGUGUGCCCCUGACCCUGGCCUACGCCUUUGAGCCCCGGGGCUGGGUUUACGGGCGCUUCAUGUGCUACUUUGUUUUCCUGAUGCAACCUGUCACGGUGUUUGUGUCAGUGUUCACCCUGACCGUGAUAGCUGUGGACAGGUACUGUGCCACGGUGUACCCCUUCCGCAGGAGGCUCACCAUCCCCAUCUGUGCUUACAUCCUGGCUGCUAUUUGGCUGCUGAGCUGCACUUUGGCUGCCCCAGCCUUGGUGCACACCUACCACGCUGAGUUCCCGGAGCUGGACUUCUCCAUCUGCGAGGAGUUUUGGUUCCACAUGAAGAGAGAUCGCUUGGCUUAUGCCUACAGCACCCUCAUCAUCACCUAUGUAUUGCCUCUGGCUGUCAUCUCCCUGUCCUACCUGAGGAUCUCAGUCAAGCUGAAGAACCGUGUAGUCCCAGGCAACGUCACCCAGGGCCAAGCUGAAUGGGACAGAGCCAGGAGGAGAAAGACUUUUCGCUUGCUGGUCUUAGUGGUGGCAGCCUUUGGAGUCUGUUGGCUGCCCCUGCACAUCUUCAACAUGAUAAAGGACAUUGACAUCAGCUUGAUUGACAAGCAGUACUUCAACUUCAUCCAGCUGCUGUGCCACUGGUUUGCAAUGAUGUCUGCUUGUACCAAUGCCUUCCUCUAUGCCUGGCUCCAUGACAGCUUCAGGGGAGAGCUGAAAAAAAUGUUUGCCUGGAGGAAGAAGAAAAUUGGACCCGCUACAAACUGCAUUAUGGCCAGUGUGGUGCUGUAAAUGAGAGCUGGUGGGAGUGCACC